AUGGCAGCUGAUCCCGCUUCGUGCUGGGCUCACAUCACCCCAAUCGCUGUUCGUCUUUUCUACGAUGCUUUCAAAGCUCCGCUCAAUCGACGACCAAACUACCGAGCAGAAAUAUCUUUCGAUCUAGGAGAGAUAGCUGGUAUGGAUGGCCAAGCACAAGAACCCAUGCUACGGCGUGUAGCUUCCACGAGUGACCUGAACCUGCCAGGAUUCAUGCAGCUCCCGGAAGCCGAGUUGCAAACGUUGAGACCAGCUCCGCUUGUUAUUCGCAAGCCCGCACCUCCUCUGAAAGCCCCUGGCCAUGCAGUGAGUUCGAUUGGAGGCGAUCACCGGCCGACACCUGAGCCUUGGACCACGAAAGAGUAUGCCACCUGUCAAAGUCAGCACAGUACUGACGCCGAAGCCCAAGGCAGCACACGCAGAGUCCGUGCGGCAGCAGGAAAAGCACUGGCACUGGCGAAUCAGCGGGAUCCAGACGUUGGCAAACACACUGUCGUGGUGUCGCCGCCUUUGCCUCCACUCAGAUUGCGCUCGCCAAUCCCUAAGGCCAGCGAGCAAUAUCGCAAGGCACCUUCGCCCACCUACAAGGUCGUCCCAAGCGCACGAGCAGAGCGCCGCCCUCCACCUCUGAUCCAAAAACAGAGACACAGCGAGACUGCGCUCCAUGAUGCCCGCUCACCAGGCAGUGUUGCCGGGUGGCCAGAAGCUGCACGGAAAGCACUGGGUAUUAUCACGCCACCCCCUAGCCCACACGAAGCAGAGCUUCAGCAUCCAGUCAACGUCCGACCGGGAAAGAGACUUGUCCGGGACAAGCCGUUACCAGUUCCACCAGUCAGGAUCGAACCAGCUGUCAUGCCAACGAAGUCGCUCAACGAUCUUGCAAGAACUCCAGGUCAGCUUGCCGCAAGACGCUCUGUGAGUUUCGAUACGGCCAAGAAGAAUUCCAAAGCACCCGGCAGCGUUGCCCAUGCGCUCGACACGAUCGAUGAACGGCGAGCACUCGAGCCAAGCCAUCAAAAGGCACACGUACCACAGGAUCCGCGUCGUCUCUCAAGUCUACCUCGCCUCGCACCACCGACAAAGUCUUUGCAGCAGCGCAGAAGCGAGCGCAACCUCCUGUCCCGUGCACCAGUAAUCUCGCAGAAUGCCUUCAAUGCCGAAGACGAAAUGCUAUGCCUCCAUACAGCGCUCGAGUCUGCCCCCACUCAACUCAAAGGAGGUGUCGGCCAGCAAACCUUGCGACGGCGCUUCUCAGUGAAGAACCUGUUGAAGCCGUACCCUAGCCUCCGUCUACGUGGUGGAUGGGUUCAGCUGGGUGGCUCGUCCGGUGGUCCAGGAAGUCUUGAAAGGUGA